ACCACUCUUCAGACCCAGAGACAAAGCAUUGUAUGCAACUUGGAGAUGACAGUAUAGAAUUAAUAGGAUAAUUACUUCAACAACAUUGUAAUAAAGGGCAGUAAAUAUGAGAGAGUCUGCUGUUGGAGUUGAGGCCACAGCAGCACAUAGAAAACUAAGCAACCCUGAAGUGGGUCAACUGGGAGAGGUUCCAAUGUCACCAGAACCAAGGGAUGCAGAUUGUUCUGCAGAAAAGAAGAAGUCACUGCGAGCCAGAUAUUUAUAUGGCCUGAUCUUCUUGAUAAUAAAUCUUAUUGCCUGGUUUGUUCGUGACUAUGGACAAAAUGUUUUACCUCAUAUAUAUUAUGUAAAAGCUUGUGGGAUUCACGGAAGUGAUUGUUUUAGUACUUUGGGAGUACUUCGUGUGAGUUUAGGAUGCUUUGUAUCCUUUCUUCUCUGAGUACAAGUAAUACUUCAUUCAGUGCAAGGGAUUAUCAAACAUACUGUGUCUUUCUUAUAUUCCUUUUUAUUUAUUUUCCUAAUUCCUUCUCAUGUCCUAAUAUUAUGUUUUCAGACACACUUAUGUAGGAGUAUUGGAGUCCAUGCUGUAUUUG